AUGAAUGAAGGCAUCUCCAGCAGAAAUCCAGCCGAAGAAUCCUCGCCUCGGGAAACGGAGCACUGCAGAACGCCACGACGCGACAUCCUAGAGCGAGACGAAGCGGACAAGCAAACGCGCCUCGACGACAGCGCCUUGGACGGAGAGUCACCGGGCUCAUUCGUAGGCGGUUCGCACGGCAGCGAGAAACGACGCGGAUGGGCCGCUGAAGGCACACGAGGAGAAGAGGGAGGGGGCUGCCUGAGCGCGGACGAAGAGCGAUUCCGAGCUAGCGCAAGCAACCCUACAUCUACUUGCAUCGUCGUCUUAGAGAAGCAAGGCGAUAACUCUCUUGACGUAACUUUUCUCCGUCGGUUUAGACGCUCUCUGCGCUACGACACCUUUCCGCGCCAUGGGCGAAUCGCGCCCUUUUACAACGCGCCUUGGGCCGCACAUCACGGCGCACGAGUACGCCAGCGGUUAUAUAUUUCUUCUAUACCGGCGAAGGCGCACCGAUUAUCCCCCGGUUGCUCGAAACCAGCAGACGAUGCAUUCCUUGGCCAUGAGGACCUGUCACUCCCAUGCGAACUCGGCAUCUCCGAUAAGUUUUCCUUCCUUCCUGUAGUAUUAUUCGUCGCAGUCCCAUCUGUCAUCGCCGUCCUCGUCAUAUUCCUCCGAUUUUCUCUUUCGCCACUUCCUGGCGCCAUUACUAGCAGCAUGACCCUCUUUCCUGCCAGCAUUGUCCACGUUGCACCGUGUUCCAAGAGAUCGAGUUAUGUCGUCAGCGGACCCAGUGCCGGCAGCCUCGUCGACGCAGCGCCUGGGGUCGACACUCAUUCGCUUCAGCGUUAG